AUGCGCUGUGACAGCGACGAGGAGCCUCAGGCUCACUGUGACCAAGUUUCAGACAACAGCUGCCAACCACGAGGAGAGGCGGAGAGGCACGGAGUGGGAGUGGACGUAGAGAUUUUGGAGUACAUUAUAAAGACAAAUUCCCUCCCAUCCCAAGCCAAGAGCCAUCAAGACAGUUUAGGUGAGAAGAUGGGCGACGAACUGUGGCGCAUCAGGAAACUGUGGAUGUUAAGGGGAAGAAAGCGAGACAGUAGGAACACAGAAAUGGCGUGCAUGGCUUGGUUAGCUCUGACCUCUGUGUCUGUCCUCUGGCUCCGCUUCUCGGAGGCUAGCUGUCCCCUGGGCUGCCUGUGCGUCUCUGACAUAGUGGACUGUGGCUCGCUUGGCAUGGACAAAUUUCCUCCUCUCCUACCUCCUUCCAUUUCUGUCCUGGAUCUCAGCUAUAAUCAGCUCACAUGGCUGGCGCCGGGCACUUUCCACGGCCUACCCAGGCUGGACGUCCUGCGGCUGUCCCACAACCGGAUAUCUCUGCUCAGCCCUGCGGCCUUCCACAAUGCCAGCGUCCUGCGCCACCUGGACCUCUCGUCCAACAGGCUGCAAGUGGUGGCAAUGCAUCCCUUCCGAGACCUGCUGGGACUGGAGGAGCUGCUUCUCUAUAACAACCGUAUCGGCCUCGUGGAGAGCAAUGCCCUGUCGGGGCUGGGAAGACUCCGGAAGGUCUACCUGAGUCUCAACCGACUCACGGACUUUCCCUUCUUCUCCAUCCGCAAACACAGCCAUCCCCAGCUGGUUGUUCUGGACCUCUCCUCCAACCGCAUGUCCGGACUGCCUCUAGAUGAUGUGGUGCUGUUGCCCAUAGCUGCGCAGAGGGGCUUGUUCAUUCACAAUAAUGGCCUGAUGUGCGAUUGCUCCAUGUACCGCCUGUUCUGGCACUGGGAGUACGAGGGUUACGAGGCUGUCCGAAACUUCAAGGACAGCUACUCGUGCCGGACGAGCGGAGAACCCUCUGUCUCCAUACGUUUCCUGCGCAGCCCUCGGUUCUUCGAGAACUGCACUGUUGAGAAGACGAUCUCGCUCAUCUCCCCAAAGGCCGAUGUGACGGCGUACGAAGGGGAGCGGGUCCUGCUGGACUGCACGGGUGCCCUCAGUGGCACGGCCCUCUCCUACUUCUGGGUCGUUCCGCGAGAGCACAACUCGACCCAGCUGACCCAAAACAGGACCGUCCGGUUGAACCACGACGGCAGCCUGGAGAUCCCAGCCGUCCGGUCCGCAGACUCCGGAAUCUACCGAUGCGUGGCCACGGACGUGAGCAGGAUGAUUAACGAGUCUCGGGAAGUGAACCUGACUGUGGUUUCCCAGCGUGCCAUGGUAGAACCCUUCAGCACAGGAUACACCACCGUGCUGGGCUGUGCGGUCACUCUGCUGCUCAUACUCAUGUAUCUCUACCUGACUCCGUGUCGCUGCGGCUGCUGCAAACCCGCGGCCCCCUUGCCCGCUGCCUCCGGUCUGGGCGAGGGCUGCCUGACUCUGCUGUCCGUCUUUGAAGCUCCAAGGAUGGCAGAGGAGAAGCUGAAGGGAAGGGCCAGUGCCAACAGGCACGUGAUGUUUCUCGAGCCUCUGGAGGAUGAUGGGAACAGACAGCGGACAGAGGCCUUUACGGCAGUCGACCCGGUCCAGCUAGCCAGGAUUAAAUAG